AUGCGCGUGUGUCAAAGACUACAUCUUUUCUGUCAUAAGCAAAAAGUACUUGUUGCUGCACAUGGAAAUUCACUUCGGGCGUUGAUUAAAUAUCUUGAUAAAGUAUCUGAUAAUGAAAUCGUUCAACUUAAUUUACCAACAGGUAUUCCUUUGGUUUAUGAACUUGAUGAAGAUUUAAAUCCAAUUAAACAUUAUUAUGUUGCACCUGAUGAUGUUGUUCAAAAAGCUAUUGAAGAAGUUGCUAAUCAAGGCAAAGCAAAAAAAUAA